UUUUCUCCUUCUCAAUAAUAAAUUUUACUUUUCAGAUUUUUUAAUAAUGGCAAUAAAAACAAUAGAAACAAAAUUUAAUAAACAACAAAAAUCAACAAAAAACUUCAAAAUAAUUAAUAAAAUAAAACCUCAACUUUACUUUUUAAUUAUUAUCUUAUUUUCUAUUUCAAUUUUGGAAGCAUUUCCAACAAAAGAAAAAGGGGAAAGAAGGAAAGAAUUAAGGGAUAAAGAAGAAAGAAAGCAAAAAGAUUUAAUUUGUAAUGUUGGAGAUGAACAUGAAUGUGUUUGUAAUGUUUCUAUGGGAAAUUUGGAUUCUUCAAAUAUUCCGAAUUGUAAUGAAUUUAUUGGAGGCAAAAGUCUUGAUGCAGUCAAAAUUGUUGUUCGUGAUUUUAAUUUAACUGCCUUACUACGAACUAAUGAAACACAUGAGCAAUACUUAAGACGAAGAAUUUCACAAGUAUUGAACCGUUAUUGUGAAACGGUACCUGAUGAAUGUCCUGGUACUUUGGCGGAAUUAAGAAGUCAAAGAUUGAAACUAGAAACAAGUUCAAGAGAAUUGGACAAUUUAAAUGAUCGAACACCAUUAAUAAUCGACGAUGGCGGUCCUUCUUUAACACGUGAAAACAUUGUUAUUCUACGAGUUAUUUACCUUCCAGGAAGAGUCAGAACACAAAUUUCAUUUGUUGUUUUAAAAAUUGCAAAUACUUUUGGUGGAAUUAAUUCAUCAUUAACAUUACCACCAAAAACAAUUAAAUAUAUACUUUCGGCACAAACUGCACCACUUCCACGUGUAUUAGGUGGAGUGAAAAUAGAACAAAUUGCUAUUGAAACAUUAAAAAAGAAGAGACCACCAGUAAAUAAUAUGAAAUUGAUCAUAAUUAUUGCUGUCAUAGCUAUUUUAAUGACAAUAUGCUGUACUAUAGCAGUCGCCAAAGUAAUUUAUGAUAUAUCAAAAACUCGUUGCCGUCAAAAAACAUCCAAAAGCAACGGAACUACAACUCCCUCAUCAGAAAAUCAAAAGAAAAAAAGUAGCAGUUCAAGAAAUUAUGGAACAUGUACUGAUAGAUUAUUUGCUUCAACAUCUUCAAAUAAUAAUAGAGAAGAUGAUGGACAAUUAACAAGUGGGCAACGUUCAGCAGAAUCAAAAUCUUUAAGAAGUAGUAGAAGAGAAUCAAAUUCUUUAAAAAGAUUAUGGAGGAAAAGAGGAAGUAGUAGUGGAGAAAAAAUUAAAAAAAUAUCAAAAACUUCUGGGAUUGAGAUAGAAAAUAAUAAAAUUAAAGAUGAUGAAGAAAAUAAAAUGGAAUUGGAUGAAGAAGCUAUUUCUGCCUCUUCUCGUUCAGUUACUGCAUAUCAAAAUAGUUUUAUGUGUGACCAUUCACAACUUCCAAGAGAAGACAGCCGUUUUGACGAUGAAGACUUUAAUGAUGGUUGUGGUGGGGGUGAUUUUGAAAUUAUAGAUAUGAGUAGACGUAGAAGACAAUCCUCUUUACUAUCAAAUCCAAACAAUAAACAAAGAAUGGAACAAAAAAGACAUAGUCUUCUUCUUUCCCCAAAUAAUAUUCGUUCACCGCUUUCAUCUGAUGAUGACCAACAACAAAGAAUGACUUUCAGAUUUUCACCAAAAACAAAAACUCCAACAACAACGCCUACAAGAAAAACAUCAAAUAAACGCUUCUCAUUUUCUGGAAAUACUGGGGUAACAAUAAAUACAAACAUUCCAAGUGUUGUUUUGUUGGAUGAGGGAACAACAAAUACUGUUGAACACUCAUCAAAUGUGCCUAAACAUACAACAAAAGAUAUAUUUAGGAAUAAACCAAAUGGAGGCGAAUUCCUCUUAACUGCUUCCUCUGAUUUACAUGAAAGGCCUCAAUCCAGAUUAGGUCAACAACAACAACAUCCCUUUGAUAGACCACUUUCUAGAAGGGGAAGUAGAGACGAUAAACAUGAGGAAGGGGAAGAAGAAACUUUUAAUGAUACAAGGGAAGAUACUCCAGUACCUUUAGGUGAUGAUCAACAAACAAUAAUUGUAAAUCCAUUAGCAGCAGUAACCCCCAAAAAUCAAUUGUUGGAUGCUCUCAAAAAUAAGAAUAAAAAGAAGCUUCUCGGAAAAUUACUUUUAUUGGCAAGUGAAACAGAUUCAGAAUUAGAUUUAGGAAAUGAAGAAGAAGAAGAAGAGGAAAAUGAAAAAAUAAAAAAAUCAUCAAAUAAUUAUUUAAAUAAAAAAGAAAAUAUUAAAAGAAAAAGUAAUGCAACAAGUAGUCCAGAAAGUGAUGAAGAAGAGGAGGGGGAAGGAGAAGAAGAAGAAAAUACAAUUUUGGAAAGGCAUCAUUAUGAAAGGCUUUUAGAAUCUCCAAUGAUACAAAAAACAACAAAAAGUUUUGAAGAAAAAUAA